AUGGCGGCGUACAACAACACCUCGGCUUCUGAUCGGCAGCUACGGCGGCGAGGAGGGAAACCGAAUGUUGUGUCUCUGCGUAUGAGUUGUCGAAGUAGUAGUAGUCAUCUUCUUUCCCGAGAUGACCUUUUCACUGUUGUGGACAUCGCUGGACGUGGUGUUCUUCGGGAAGCCGUCGGUGAUCAGAGCCGUUCAUGGAUGAUGACGGGGCUCGUUUGUAUCACUCCUGACGCAGGUUGGUUUGGAAUUUCUGAGACCCGCUGGAUUCCCCUCAACUGGGAGGAAAGAGUUUUUGUUGUGUCAAUUACCUGA